UGUCAUGUACCAACAUUGUGAUGGGUGCACACAUAGCCAUAAAAGUGCAGACCCCGACACACGAAAGCCCCGACGAGAGAACAGAGGAAAGUUGUCCGGGGCGCACAACUUAUUCAGACCUCAAGAAGAGAUGAGAUCCCACCGGAGAGACGCGCGCCACCUGAAUUGCACGGUUUAUUUUGUUGACUGAGAAAAGUUUCAUGAAGAUAUACAAUGUUUAUGAAUGGGAGUUUUCUGAACAGCUCUGCACUGGACCCUAGCGAGCAAGCACUUCACCGGCCGCCCUGGGUCACUACUACUCUCGGGUGUUUCCUCAUAUUCACUAUAGUGGUGGAUAUUUUAGGAAACCUGCUGGUGAUUUUCUCCGUCUACAGAAACAAGAAACUUAGGAACGCAGGUAACAUCUUUGUGGUGAGUUUGGCAGUGGCGGACCUGGUGGUGGCCAUAUACCCUUAUCCGCUGGUCCUGACCUCCAUAUUUCACCAGGGCUGGAACCUGGGAUACAUGCACUGCCAAAUUAGCGGCUUCCUGAUGGGCGUCAGUGUAAUCGGCUCCAUUUUCAACAUCACCGGAAUUGCAAUUAAUCGCUACUGCUAUAUAUGCCACAGCCUGAAGUAUGACAAGCUCUACAGUGACAAAAACUCAGUCUGCUACGUACUGUUAAUCUGGGCCUUGACGGUGCUCGCUAUCGUGCCCAACUUGUUCGUGGGCUCUUUGCAGUAUGACCCGCGGGUUUAUUCCUGUACGUUCGAGCAGUCGGCGAGCUCGGCGUACACAAUCGCUGUCGUCUUCUUCCAUUUCAUCCUUCCAAUCAUGAUAGUCACCUACUGUUACCUACGAAUUUGGGUCCUGGUUAUACAGGUGCGGCGACGAGUCAAGCCUGACAAUCGUCCCAAGCUCACGCCUCAUGACGUACGAAACUUCGUCACAAUGUUUGUUGUUUUUGUGCUCUUUGCUGUGUGCUGGGCACCAUUAAACUUCAUCGGGCUGGCGGUAGCGAUUUCUCCAGAGCGCGUGGUUCCUUUAAUACCUGAAUGGCUCUUUGUGGCAAGUUAUUUCAUGGCAUACUUUAACAGUUGCCUCAAUGCAAUCGUCUAUGGAGUGUUGAACCAGAACUUCCGUCGCGAGUAUAAGCGCAUUGUGGUGUCGGUAUGUACUGCAAGAAUCUUCUUUGGGGAAAGUUCAAAUGAAGCCCAAGAAAGACUCAAAAGCAAACCCUCACCACUCAUGACCAACAACAAUCAGGUCAAGGUGGACUCUGUGUGAACUGUAUAUGUGUGUGAGGUGAAGAGAACUCAACUAAGCAAACUUGAUUAAAAAAAAAAAAAAAAAAACUGAUAACCAAAUAUGUUGUCAGGAAGCAGCCCAGAAACUGUGAUUUGUUGCCUCAACACAAUUAAAACAAACAGGAAAUUAUUAUCAUUGUCUUUUAUAAAGCACUUUUUUCAUCGUUGGUCAGAUGUACUUGUAUGUAUGAAUUUCUUGUUUUAAUGUUUACAGUGAUUAUAUCAAGAAAUCUAUGUAAGACAUACUUUGUGUAAUGAUUUUAUAUCAAUAUCUUUGUCUGAAAGAAAAAAAAACAAACAAACACAUAUGAAAGUAUGAAUGAUAUAGAGUGCAACAGUCGGGUUCUGGAAGUAUAAACUUUAUUCAUUUUCUCCAUAGGGAAAUAGAUUUGUAAUGAUGUAAACCUUCAAAAAACACAGACUUGUUGAGCUCUGAGGUUAAUCGAUGGUAUAUACUUUUGUUGAAGCCAUCUGUUUGCAUUAUUUCAACAAAUUUUUAAAAUAAUCAUGUUUAACAGCUGAAUUCCUAGUAAAAAAAUAUAUUUCCCAUGAUGCUGUACAGAAAAUUCCACCAAUCAGAGAGUCGCAGCAAGCAAGUCAUACCAAAAGAGCUCUGCUGAGAAAUAUGUCAUUUGCAGUGCUUCAUGGGAUUGUAGUUCUGUCCCUCAAUGAAGCUGUUAAGUACACAUUCUUGUACCUUUGUCUUUUUGUCCGAUUUUCAAGUACUUGAGUACUUUCAAGUAAAUACGAGUUGUUGUGAUUCACCUCAUAGCUGGUUGAUUCAUGGUUUAUAAUGCUUUAACAAAGAUUUUCUUCUAAAUCCCUAUGGGAAAAGUGAAUGGGAAAAAAUACUUCUAGGACCAACACCGCUAAAAAAGUGGGCGGGCACUAAUGCACUAUUACUGUAUAUAAAUAUAUAUUGAGUGUGUUUCACUGAUGUUGAUCAUUCAGUGGAGAAUGAAUAACAAUGUUGUCAAAAUGAUGCCAUGAACAUCAGCAUAUCUCUACAAUGCCUGGCCACAAAUGUGACCAAAUCUUUACAAACACUCUACAAAAAGAGUUUGUUACGAAGUUUACUGCUUUGAAAUGACCUCACCUGGUUUGCCACUGUUACUCUCCAUUUGAGAAAGCAAUACACCUGGAUUGCUGCUUUCCCACAGUCCCACAGGGUCUCUGUCCUCUCCUCCUGCUACUUUUAUUUUUUUAAUUGUCUUUGUCUUUUUAAAUGUCUCCUUACAUUCUCUCCCUCUAUUUUUCUUUUUAUCUGUCUUUCUCCACUCUUUGUAUGCAUGGAUCUAAUGACAAGUUCAUAUGCAAACUGAGUAAACAUAUUAAAAUCAAAAUGUUUGAUUAAUAAAAAAUAAAAUUGG